AUGGCUGCCAACACCCACUCUCACUCUCCCUACUACCGAAAGGCUGUGCCUCCCCAGCAGGUCUCACCACCUCUCCGACCAGCUCCUCCACUCAAGCAUGAGACUAUUCUCCUCGAAGAUGGCAAGACUCUAUUCGAGAAGGAUAUAGCCAUCCCGAUGAGGGACGGUAUCUUGCUCUAUGCCGACGUGUAUCGUCCCGAUCCCAAUCUCAAAGCCAAUACCCCUACCCUAGUGCUAUUCGCACCGUUCGGAAAGCACGGAGCUGUUCCUAGAGAGAGGUUUCAGAACAUGGGAGUCGACUUUGAGAAGCUUAGCCAGCAUACUCAUUGGGAACUACCUGACCCUCUUCCUUGGUGCGGAGAAUGGGGUUAUUCCUUCUUGCUGGUCGAUCCAAGGGGCACCUGGUGGUCUGAGGGCGACGCCUCGAACCACAUCUCGCCAGAGGAAGGCAGGGAUGGAUAUGACAUCGUUGAGUGGGCAUCGCAGCAGGAGUGGUCCACCGGCGACAUCGGUUGGGGUGGCGGAGUGUCCUACUACGCAAUGUCCGCAUACCAGACUGCCGUGCUGAAACCACCUCACUUGAAGGCCAUCAUGAUCUGGGAAGGCAUCUCGGACAUCUACCGGGAAGUCAAUGCACCAGGAGGCAUCCCCAACGUCCCAUUUCAGCACUUUUGGAUGAACAUGACAGGGAAUGGCCUAGGUGUGACCGAGGAUCAUGCUGUGGCUAGUCUCGAGCAUCCAUUAUUUGACGAGUAUUGGCAGUCCAAGGUGGUGGAUUGGAGUCUGAUUGAUGUCCCCGUACUGGCGGUGACGGGAUGGUCAUCGCUGGGGCUUCAUCUUCGCGGGACAAUUGAGGCUUGGAAGAAGAUGUCCUCACCAAACAAGUACCUCAUCAUUCACGCCGGUCGAGAAUGGUCCGAGUUUUACAAGGACGAAAAUAUCAACAAACAACGCCUAUUUUGGGACCGCUACCUGAAACGCGUCUCCAACGAUGUGGACACAUGGUCUAGAGUUGAGAUGGCUGUUAGAACGUCAGCCACAGAGAGCUCACGGCGGCUAGAAAUCGACUUCCCUCCCAAGGCGCAAUUUACCAAGUAUCGACUCUCGGCUGAUAGCAAGCUCACGCUCAAUGAAGGCUGUGCCAGCAACAGUCUUGCACAAAGCGUGUCGUUCAUAGCACACAAGUCCAGUUCCGCGGCUUUCUUCGACUUCAAGAUCGGCCGGCGUAUCGAAAUAACGGGGUAUUCUUCAGUUAAAUUGUUCAUCCAAGCGCUCUCUUUCCCCGACGUGGACUUAUUUGUCGCGUUGCAACGAAUCGACAAGGAGGGCCAGGCUACCAAAUUCUACAAUUCCACGCAACAGUUGGAAGCCGAUGCAACCUUUGGGUGGUUACGCGCAUCUCACCGAGAACUGGACACUGCCAAAAGCACCCCCGAGAGGCCAGUUCAUCUUCACCAGAGACGUCUUUGGCUGCGGCCCCAGGACAUUGUUGAAGUCAACAUCGAGCUAUGGCCUAGUAGUACCGUUUGGGAAGCUGGCGACACACUGCGUCUCGCAGUCAAAGGCACGACUUUUACCGACCAAGAAAACAUGACACAGUUCAAAGGACCGAGCCACAGUUUCGGCGAGGUCAGGAUAUGGAUGGGUGGAGAGUAUGACAGCGAGUUACUUGUUCCAGAGGUAACGCCUGCUGAAUAA